UGAUCAAUAACAAACAGAUUUGACUGUUAGACUAGUGUUAACUUAUUUAAGUUUUGUGUUGUCAGAAUGAAGACGUGUACUGUAAUUUUGCUACUGGCUGUUGUUGCCCUCCCGUGUAAUGCCUGGUGGUUCAGCGACCCGAGGGUGGAGCCUCACGAAGAUGUGAGCGACGAAUGCUUGCGACUUGCUGAAUGGGGUCGCUGUGAGUUUUACGAAUGUCUCGAGAGAAGGUUUCCAUGUGGUCACCGUGGUUACGCUGUACAUGUUGGACUGCAUUUCUGCAGGACAAUCAUCAAUAUGAUGGAUGAAUUCACAACAGAAGGUUAUCAAUGGAUGAACCGAACCAGUGUAUGUUUGACAAAGUCCCUCCUGCCAGUAUAUGAGAGUUACGCCACACGAUGUGAUGACCUCAGGGACGAUGGUGCUGACGGUAUUGUCGAAUGCAAUGCUAGAACUGACCCAGACGGGCAGGAUUUCUGCUCAUUUGUCCAAGAUAACGCGGAAGCAUAUCAAAAUAUCUUUGGUCUAGAGGAGAUACAACGUAUGAUCCGGCUCAGGAAACCUCUGGUUAUUGCACGGUUGUUGAUUGAUGGUGCAAGUUGUGGAGCUGAACCACUACAAGACAGACUUUACGCCGUUUCAGGAAUGUUUAAUGAUUUGAUUGGAUCACUACAGGACCACUUUGAGGGACUAACUGACAGAUGGAACAAUUUAUGGAAUUGAUAUAAUUUGUACUUUAUUGAAUAUAUGUCAAUCUCUUAGAAUUAAAGAGUUAACAUGUUUGUUCCAUAUUUUUAUAAAGCAGAAUGGAAAUUAUAUAUAUGCAAAUAACUUACACUUUUGAACUGUUGUUAGACAUUUCCGAAUUCUAUUACCUGAAAUAGAUAAUAUUAUUGCAAGGCGAACCUGUGUAAAAAGCGUGCUUUCUUUUGUCGUUCACUUUUUAUAUACUGCUACAUGACUGAAAAUAUGUUUUUAUCACAAAUCGUUCUUAUAAAUAACGGUUUUCAAUAUAAUAAAUAACGUAAUUAUGUAUUUCCUAUGUUAAAAAGGAUUUGUUUCAUCACAAUGAGUAAAUAAUUUUUCAAAUUCGAAGUUUACUUCAUUGCCUCCUGUCUCCUUGAUUACAUUUUAUAUAUGCAACACUUUCGUCAUUUUCGCUUGUUUCGCCGAAUACAACGGACUCAUUUCUUGUUCUAAUUGUAUAAGCCACAUCAAGUUUUUCAUAAUAAUAUGUCGUUGCAAAAUUGUUUGAACAUGUUAUUAAUCACAUUAUCGAUUGAUUUUUACGUAAUGGAGAUAAAUGGUGUGUCGAGAUAAUUAUGUUUUUCUGCAUCAUCGGUGAUUCCUUUGUAAAGAAGAAUGAUAUCCAAAAUAAACAGAUCUUGAAUUGCCA